AUGAUUCACCUUGCUUCGCCACUUCUCCUCCAGCGACGUCAGGCCUUCCUCAUUACAAAUCAAACCAACGAUAAGCUAAUACUUAUAACUGAAUGGUUUCACUCUCAGUUGGGUGUGCGACUCCUCCAUCGCACUGAUGACUACGAAUGUGACUCUUCCACUACACCUGUGAUUGCGUCCCGUCUCACCUCCCUGACCGCCACCUUAAUAGGUUUAUCUAUUCAAUUAGAUUUUUCUUUUCAGUUAGAAAUCGAUUUCAUCCCCUCCCUAGCUCUUCAUCUCUUCACUAAAAUCUCUCUUCAUCUAUCCACUAAAAUCUUCACGGGCUUCUGUUUGAAUCAUUUCAUUGAACGACAGGUGAAUCAGACCAUCUUCUCAAUUUAUUUGACAUUGAAGAACAGUGCGUUGAAUUUCUUUGUCGUGUCCAAUUUAUCUCGACCAGAUCUCAAGCAGGAGCUUCUUGCAUUAGGUGAGCAGAUUGGGAAUGCUGGAUCAAGGUUAUCAGAGGAUUUUAUUUCAGGUGGUUUGCUUUUCAACAUGAUGAUACGUGUAGCCGCAGAAAAUCAACAAGGUGGUGUUGCUGCUAUAGACCAUGGGGAAAUGCCAAAUAAUUUUACAUGUGGGAAUAAAAGCUUGUACAAUGACAGGGUUGAGUCUUUUGCAGCAGCAGCUGGAGAGGGUCAAUACAGGAAGCCACCCUCACUAGAUCCAGAGGGUGCAGCAGAGGGACACAAUAGCAAAACUGGUGGUGGUGGUGGGAAAAAGAAAGGCAAAAAGGGGAGGCAAAUCGACCCAGCUCUGCUUGGGUUUAAGGUUACCAGCAACCGUAUUAUGAUGGGAGAGAUCCAAUGCAUUCAAGAUUGA